CGCCGAUUUGUGUGAACUUGAAAGAGAAAAAGUAUCGGAUAUAAUAUGUGUAGCUUCAAUUCAACCAAGCUUUUGCUUGUUGCUCUAGAACUGAAUGCCGGCUUAGAAUCGACAUUGACCUCCAUAUUCUAGCAAAUUUGGAUUCGGGACAUACAUACUGUGCAUAUACCUGUAAACAUUCUAAUGGCUUUUUGUUGCCGGAAGCAAGUUUGAUACCACUCCUCCAUAAUCAACAAUCUAGUCACGAAAGAAUUUCUAUCCAUCCGGCUCAACAUCCUUGAGAGUUCGACAAGAGGUGCUGUCUUGUCAUCCUCCCUUGAAGGAUCGCCAAACAGCAACAUCUCGUAUCACUGGAUAAGUCUGCUCAGCAUUCACGCUGAUCAUCAUGCCAGCAACAAAUGCCCCGACAAGGUACAAGCCAUUACCAGUCAUCUUACCAGACAGUCAAUCAAUUCUAAACGUUGGAUCUGCAUUGCAAAAUGUUCACAUCACAGCCGCCGAUCUGAUCUGGUCAUUGCUCUCCAACACAUCCAACACUGAAUCACUUCAAGAUGUCUUUGGAUCAAACUAUGAUCCUUCUGCAUUCACUUCCAAUUCUGGCUUAGCAGCUUCAAGCUCACAUACCGUUGGAACAUGGUGGAUCGAUACUUUGGGCAUGCCUUGGGCUUUACAAGCAGUAGAGGUAUCCCCUUCCGAUCGUGAGUGGGAUCAAGAUGAAUUGGAUGAAGUGGGCGAUGGGCUAUUACCAUUGGAUACACCGAUUCACUCCUUUUUGCACGCAUUCGUCACACCACAAGGAGAUGGUAAGAAACGAUCUUUUCAUGCUUCCUUACUUGCCGCAAACGUUGACAGACUAUCAACGUUCGAUCAUGAACUUGCAUUGACAGAUUAUGCAAUCUCUGGUCAAUUACGUACACCAAGAUUACGACUCGUUUGUGGUGCACCAGGCUUGGCAGUUCGAUUACGAUUCGCUCAUGUUCCCGAAAUCGCUGAUGGCUGGCAAGGUCGUGUUUGGUUCUUGCCUGCUUCUAGACGACUUGAUCCUUUAGCAAGCGGAAGAGGCAGUCAUGCAUCCGAUCUGCUCGAAUGCGUUCGUGAAGAGUUGGGGAUCCGAAAGGUUGUAAUGCAAGGCGCAAGGAGCGUUCGAAUCGAAUAUGCUUUGGCAAAUGUCAAUUCAGAGGAAAUCGCUUUACCUCCGCCUCCUGCUCUUUCGGGGAAGAUGUCAUUGCCAGAACAUUUGGUUCAUUUACCCGGACCGCCUGAUGCAUAUCCUCGACUGUUUUUCACCAUUUCUGCCUCUUGGCUCAGUAGGCUUGGCAAUGUUGCCAUGGGAUUCUCGAAAUAUACCCGAGAAGCGUCAUUAAUGACACAGCGCAAAAAGCCAGUAAGGAAUGGAGCCCAUCCACUUCCCUACCCUCGACAGAUACGGCAGCAGCCUCAGCAGAAGGUUGACACUCCUACAAGCUCAAGUGAAGAUCAAAAUGGUUUCUUCAAUCUAUGGGGUUCGAUGAGUUUUGGAAAGUCAAGUGGUGCGGCUAUGCUUUCGGCACAAGAGGAAGAAGAGACUGUUUCGAAGAUACUGAAGCGCAACGACAUGCUUCAAACAGGAGAUUCUGAGCUUGAUGCUCUUUCACGUUCGACGAAAGGUGAUCAAAUUGACGAAGAGGAAGAAGGAGAGGGUACUUUGAAAGCUAAGUCAUCCAGAGAUCAACCAAAUGAGCCACCGCAAGAGGCUCCCUCUAGCCCUUCUGAUGUUCAACGAUCUUCCAUCUAUUCUGCAUCUGCUUCACGUCUGAGUAGGAUGUUUGAGGGAUGGCUUGGCUCUUCAGCAGAGGAGCAAUUGACUGAAGGAAAAACUAGCACACCUUCUUCGCCUCAAAGACCUGCAACAAGAAGGGUCAUUAGCGGUCCUAUGCAGCUCAACGAACGUCCAGACAGCAUGGCCUCUCCCAAAUCGCCAACGUUGCCUUCUUCGCCUCCGUCUCAAGCUGGAUUCAUGCAUGCUGAUGAAAUGGACGAAGAAGAGCUCAAAAAGAAAUUUGAAAGCUUGAUGGAUGAUUUGGACAUUCCAACACAUAGCAGAUCAGCAAUGUUGACUUUACCUGUCGAUCGCAAGAUCUUUUUGAUCAAUCAACACGAAUCAAAGAAUGCCGAAACGUCCUCUCCAAAACAACAAUACGAUGGUCGAGAAAGAAGUCCUUCUAUUGCAUCUUCACGUAUGAGCUUUACGGAUUCAGUCGUUUCUUCUUGGGCAUGGAAUAUCAUCAGUGUGGCCGGUUGGACAACUUCAGAAAGCGCUCCUCCUCGCACCCUUGCGUCCGAUGCUGUCUUACAAGCAACCAAGGCGAAAACAGAACGCAAAGAUCACAGCAUUCGAAGUUCAACCUUGUCCGUCAGUAGUAUUAGUGAGACCGAGGAGGAGGAGGAUGCAGAAGAUGAUAUCGUGCAAGAAGAAUCUAUUGGCGAUGUUGCCUCGCCAAGUACGGAUAAUACUCCAGCUGAGACAUUUGAAGCGGAAGUAGCACAAGCCGAUCACGAGCAAGAUGAUCGAAUCUUUGAAAAAGCAGUCUUUGAUACGUUGAAUGAUCUGCAUCAACAAAGUGGAUCUGACACUGCAAGCAGUACAGUAUUUGACUCUUCAACUGUAGUUUCUUCAGCUGAUUUCAGUCCAAGACAUGCAAGGAAGUCAAUGGCAAUAAGUGAAGAUGAAGAAGUUGAGGCUGUAACAGACGUUCGGCCUUCGUCUUUGAUCGGGUCUGAGGAUUUGACUGAAGCAGUCCAAGAGAUUGCUCCACACCGGCUGAGCCUUUUACGACAAGAAGUUCUACAAGAGGAUUUGGGGCAAGAUAAAGGAACAGAAGAAGAGAUUGGGACGCAGACAGCCUUCAUCGAGACGACUUUCUCAGCUGCAGAUCUGGAAAAGACAGAGAUGAUUGCUACUGAAGAAGCAAAGCACAUGGACAUCCGUGCCAAAGAGGAUGGAGACAGCCUAGUCAAACCAGUGCAAGAAACAGCAAAGGAAUCGCCAAUACCUAGCGUGGUGGCCCUACCUGCAGCGAGUGUAGAAAGGCAAGGAAUGACCAUCACUGAGCAAAGCUCGACACAGAAACAGGAGAAAGGCAAGGAAAUAUCUUCGGAUCCUGCAAUGGAGAGACCCGAAGAGGAGAUCAAGAAAAACGUCAGCAUUAGUCGAUCGCCCGAAGUUGAUGAAGAAAGAGAAGCUCCUCCAGCUCCUGCUCAUGGGAUAGAUUCACAGCAAUCAACGAUUCCAAUGACACCUCCUCCACCACCACCACCUCCGCCGCCACCGCCUAUGCCAGCUUUUGUUGCUAUUUGUCCGCCAAAUCUAGCACCCUCUGGUAGUGGUCCUCCACCCCCUCCGCCACCGCCUCCACCGAUGAUGAAAGGUACCAAUGGUAUUCCACCACCUCCACCGAUGCCAGCACCACCUCCUCCGCCGAUGAUGAAUGGCGUACCGAGACCGCCUCCACCACCUGGAGCAGUGGUGAUGCCAAAAGUGCCGGAGAAGAGACGAAAGGCAUUGAUGUGGAGCAAAUUGCCAAUGCAAACGGUGGUCAAGACGGUUUGGAAUGAUUUACCGGAAAAUCAAGUAGACGUUUCAGUUGAUGAAUUGGAUGGUUUGUUCUCAUUUACGAACAUCAAUCCAGACGUCAAGCCAAAGGAAGUGGCAGAAAGUGGAGUAAAGAAGCCAUCAACAUUGAUUGAUUUGCAAAGAGCACAGAAUAUCGCAAUCUUGUUAUCCCGCAUCAAGAUGCCGUUCAGUGCAAUUCGUGCUGCCCUUCUCGAUGUGGAAGCCAAAGAUCUGUCGUUGGACAACCUAAAGGCGAUCAGAAGUUGUGUACCAACGGCUGAUGAGAUGAAGCUCGUCCGGGACUAUCAAGGUGAAAUAAAUUCACUCAGUAAAGCAGAUCAAUUCAUCAAUGAGAUGCUCGGAUUUCCAAAGUUACAACAACGUCUUGAUUCGAUGAUCUUUAUGCGCAAAUUUGAAACGGAAAUACAAGAAAUUCAACCGGAUCUCAAUACGAUUCGUGCUGCUAUAGAUGAAAUGCGAGAAUGCAGAAAGUUCAAAGUGAUCUUGAAGCACGUUUUAUUAUUGGGCAACAUUCUGAAUAAUAAGACAUUCCGGGGUAAUGCACAAGGAUUUGCUUUGUCGGAUUUGCAGAAAUUGCGUGAAACAAGAGCAGCUGUACCGCAUGGUAAGCAGAAUGGAAUCGUGAUCACGCCUACUUUAUUGCACUUCUUGGUCAAAGUGUUGAACAGAGAAGAUACAGCUCUGAUAGGUUAUUUGGAUGAAUGCGAACAUAUCGAGCCUGCAGGUCGAGUCGGUUCGCAAUCUCUGUCUGCCUCCGUUGCUGCGCUUGGAAAAGGCUUGGACUUUGUUCAAGAGCACGUUUCUGCUGUGGAUAGGAUGGGUACGCCAUUGCCUGGAGAUCGCUUUGUCCAAUGCGGCAAUGCCUUCAUCGAGAUUGCCAAACCACAAAUUGAACAAAUUCGUGAUUUCCAUAAAUUGAUCGUUCAAGAUGCCGAGCACUUGAUUCGCUAUUAUGGAGAAGAUGAUCGAUCGACAAAAAUGGAAGACUUCUUUAAUAUGAUAGGUUCUUUCGGUCAGAGUCUAAUGCAAGCUGAAGUUGAAGUGGCGGAGAAUGAGAAAAAGGCGGCUGAAAGACAGAAGCAAUUGGCAAAGAUGAAUGUUGUCCAUUCAUCAAAUGCACCCAAUGUUGUGACUGACACUUUGCUCAAUUCGAUCAAGGCUAAACAAGCGGAAAGGCGGCAGAAAGAGCAAGAGCAGGCCGAGCAGGAGAUUGCAAAAGCUGCAAAAGAGGUUGAGAAGCCGUCAAAUGAGAAACAUGUAUUGCCAGAUCAGACAAAUAUACCUUCAAAGACAUCAAAGGAAGAUGAGAUCGAGUCGGAGGACCUGAACAGUGCGCAUUCCAGACAAAGUACAAUCACACAUCAACGUGAAGCAGCCAUUCGUGCUGAGGGUAGCAAAGAAGAGGAAAAUGAAACUGCAGUGCAUGCUCGUGAUGUGAGUACUGCUACGAUCAAAGGUGCUAAUGAAGCAGACGCAACCCAAACAGACGACGAUCCUACUCCUACCACCUCUCGCUUCCAGUCUGUGCGUAGGACAAAUCAGAUGGGUCGUAGCCGUACCACAACCAGACAUUCGGUCAUGAUUAUGCCAAAUGAACUGGAUAAACAGAAGGCAGGCAAGAACGAAGAAGAGGAUGGGUUCGACGAGAUGAUUGAUCUCGAGAAUAUGAUGAACGCCAGAGGAGCACGUACGCUGGGUCGUGUUGCCGCUGCUGCUGCGAAGAAGCAAGGAGAGAUUGAUGCAGCGGCUGCAAAUGAUGCAGAAGCACACGGAACGAUCUCGUUUGGAAGUAUGCGUGGAAGCAAUAUCUUACGAACGGGACAAAUGGAAGAUGAAGUACCGGAAGGAUCGACGAUGAAACAUCAUACUUUGUCAAGAAAGAGUAUGAGACGACCUCAAGAGAAAUCCAAUCAUCGACCAUUAUCACGAAUGUUUUACGAUACUUAAUGAUUGGUUGUACCAUAAUGACAUGAUGAUAUAGCUAUUAAAUCGUAUUGAAGUAAGAUAGAUACAAAAAGUGUCAUUGCGCUAUA